UAUAAAUUUCUUAUCUUUCACUUUUUUUCGUACAGGCACAGACACUUUUGUUGUUUUAAUGUAAUCGCGCGCAACAAAGAAGCAGCCCCACAGCAGUCAUCGUGCAACGUAUCGAAUCAUAGUAUAAAAUGUUCAAAGAAAAGUGCGGCACUUUUGCCGUGGAACAGUACGCGUGUUAUCUGACAGAAUACAAACAAUCUUUGGCCAAUUUUUUAAGAGGAAGUGUCUAUGACCUGAAGCAACAAGGCCGUGGGAUACGCAUGCAGGCUAGGCUUCCCUAUGUCUACUCCGCAAAUCUGUGUAAGAAUAGGCCCGCUUCUUUAGCCAUUAGAAACUUAUUGUGCGCCGCCAGUGGUAACUAAUUGCACGGCAACUACGAUUCGUCUUGGCGCCCACCGCCUUUUCACAUUGGAGCAGAAGUCAAGUUGU